AUGUCACAAGAUGCAGCAACUCAACUCGUAAACAUCGAAAAAGAGAACGGAGUCGAAGUCACCUCGACUUCCCGAGACAAAACCAAGGUUGACUCGUUUGCCUUGUUCGAACGAAUUUUACAAAGGCCAAGUGGUGCAGAAUUGGCUGCCAACGCAGAACGACUUUCCGCUGCAGCAAAAGAUUUCCGCCGAGAGCAAGACGCUAUUCAAAGACAGAAACGAAAUGAACGAGUAAUGAAUCUCGUUAUUUUGGGGUGUGCUACCUUGUUUCUAGCAGGAAUAUGGUACUGGUACUGGUUCUUAUGUGGAGAAAGGACUUGA